AUGAAGAAUAUUGAUCCAAAUGUGGUUUUUGUAAAGAAGGAUAAAUGGGAUUACGAAUAAUUGGAAGUACUCAUUACAAAUCUACAUAGCCAAUUCCCUGUAAAUAAAUAGAAAUACCCAAUUUUGUGACUUUUUCAACAGUUGCUUAGACCACAAUCUAAUUGCCUAUUGUUUACAUUCACACUAAUAUAGUGUAUCCUGAUGAGAAUGAGUAUUCUUGUGAUGAAGAGGAUAUAGAAGCUGGCAUUGACCCUAAAGUAAUGCAGCAAUUGGAUCUUAGGCGUCAUCUGAAUUCUAAUCAUAAUUAUUGUAAACAAUAUUCAUUACUCAACACAUUGGAAUAUGAUGAAACCUAUUAUAAUAAGAAAGUUGAAAGAUUAUAAAGGCCACUUUUAAGACUCUUCAUGCGUGCUCAAGAGAAUGAGUAAAUUUAUUAUAGUAAUAUUAGUUAUCGAAUGAAUGUUGCUUUUAGACCAAGUAAGGCUUAUAAAUAAAAACGAUAAAAGCAUUUAGAUAUACAAUCUAUUGAUGUUGCAAGAGAAAUAUUAUUGAAUGAGAAUAUGAUAGCACUUAAUCUAUUGAGACAAAUAAAAUAGAGAGAAUUACUGAAAUUACAAUUAAUAAAAGAGGAAGAGUUUAAUUUUGUAAAUACAUUUAAUAAUUGCAAUGAUUUAUUUGUAAAUUUAAAGGAAUUGAAAUGUUUUUACAAAUAAGAAGAUUUGAUUGAAUAAUAGAAAGACAAUAGAAAUAAAAUAUUUGAAUCAUGUACAAAUAAUGAAUGUUCAUAUUAAUUUUAUUCUAUGUCAUUAUCAUCAGAACUUAUUGAUUUUAUGGAUGAAUAAUACUAAUAAAUUAAAGAUAAAGGUGUGAUAUGGCCUAAGAAUCCAACAAUGUUAUAAUUUUGGGAUGUUGAUAUUUAUACAAAAUUAGGUGUUCAUCAAUUAAAUAAAUCACUUAUUUAUACAACCAAUAAUAGAACUUUAAUGAUAGCUGAUAGAACAAAGAAAAAUAAAAAAAAAGUUAAACUUAUGCUUAUUGAUCGUAAUAGAGCUUCAAUCUUUGAUGGAGUUAGAGCUAAUUUUGAUCACUUUUAUGCUCAUUAUCAAAAGAUUAAUCAAAAAUAAGAAUAAAUUAUUGAAUAAUAAAGGAAAGAGUGUUAAAAGAUUAGAUUUGAAAAAUAAAAAAAAGAACAUUAACUCAAAUUGUAAUAGAAGAAAGAAGAAUUAAAAUAAUCUUUAAGAUUCAAGAUGAGAAUACUCUAAGAUUUAGAUCAUCCUAUAUGCACUAUUAAAAUUAAAUAUUCUGAUGAAUUAAAGUUUUAAUUAGUUAAAGAUAUUCAUUAUAACUCUUAAGUUAUAUUGACAUGA